UCCCUCUCUCCGAUUGUCUGUUCCAGCUCCCAGUGUCAGUCAGUCUCUGUGUGGAGCCUCUGAAGCAGCUUUAAAAUGCGAAAGGAGAGCAGGGUUACUCGCUGGGUCUGGUGGAUUGUGAUUUUUGCAGCUUUGUUCUUUCUGGGUUUCAGCAUUGGCUGGUUUGCCAAGCCAACACAACAUGCAAACAUCAGGGGCUCCAGUAAGUACCUGAGGGAGUUCCUGGAUGAAAUGAAGCCUGACCAGAUCAGAGACCAUCUUAGGAAAUUCACACAGCUCCCACACUUGGCUGGCACAGAGCAGAAUAAGAAAUAUGCAGAGCAGAUCCAGGAGGAGUGGCAGAGGUUUGGUUUGGACUCGGUGGAGCUGGUGCCGUAUGAUGUUCUGCUGUCGUACCCCAACAAAUCACAGCCAAAUUACAUUGCAAUAGUGGAUCAGUUAGGAAGAGAGGUUUAUAGCACCUCCUUUGCUGAACCGGUUCCUGAGGGCUAUGAAAAUAUUUCUGACAUUGUACCUCCUUACAAUGCCUUCUCUGCCAAAGGUCAACCUGAGGGGGAUUUAGUGUAUGUAAAUUAUGGUCGUACAGAAGACUUUUUGGAUUUGGAAAAACAUAUGAGCAUCAAUGCAACUGGGAAGAUAGUAAUUGUCAGAUAUGGGAUGAUAUUCAGAGGCAACAAGGUGAAGAAUGCCAUGUUAGCAGGAGCAAAGGGGAUCAUUAUGUUCUCAGACCCUGCAGAUUACUGCGCUGAUGGAGUCAAGCCUUACCCUGAUGGGUGGAAUCUGCCUGGUGGAGGCGCUCAGAGAGGAAAUGUUCUAAGCCUGAAUGGAGCAGGAGAUCCACUCACACCCGGGUACCCUGCUAAAGAAUACACAUACCGCCGCAGCUUUGAGGAUGGAGCGGGGCUUCCAAAAAUUCCAGUUCAUCCUAUCGGUUACCACGAUGCAAUUCACCUACUGAAGAAUAUGGGAGGACCAAUCCCACCCAACAACUGGAAAGGAGGAUUAAACGUUUCCUACAGGAUUGGCCCAGGAUUUAUCAGUGACUUCAAGGCCCAGAAGGUACGUAUGAACAUCCACACUGACAACCAGGUCACCAGGAUCUACAACGUCAUCGGCAAGAUCAGAGGAGCUGUGGAGCCAGACCGGUACGUGAUUCUGGGAGGGCACCGGGACGCCUGGGUUUUUGGAGCAAUUGAUCCCACGUCUGGUGCAGCAGUGGUGCAUGAAGCAGUCCGAAGUGCCGGCCGGCUGCUCGGUAAAGGAUGGAGGCCAAGGAGGACACUUGUGUUUGCCAGCUGGGAUGCAGAGGAAUUUGGACUGCUUGGAUCAACUGAAUGGGUGGAGGAUAACGCCCGGCUGCUGCAGGAAAGAGCUGUCGCCUACAUCAACGCAGACUCUGCCAUCGAGGGUAUGUACACUCUGAGGGUUGACUGCACGCCAUCAUUGCACACUCUGGUGUACGAACUCACCAAGCAGAUUGCUAGUCCAGAAGACGGAGAAGAGGGAGUGUCUCUGUACGACAGUUGGCAUAAAAGAGACAACUGGACAAACGAUAGGGAUGCACCCAGGAUCAGCAAGCUCGGCUCCGGAAGUGAUUUUGAGGCUUUUUUCAUUCGUAUGGGCAUCGCUGCCGGCAGGGCCAGGUACACUAAGAACAAGAAAACAGAGCGAUACAGCAGCUAUCCAGUCUAUCACAGUGUCUAUGAAACCUUUGACAUCGUGGAGAGGUUUUAUGACCCUUCCUUUAGGAAGCUUCAGGCGGUGGCCCAGGUGAGAGGUGGUCUCGUCUUCCUAUUGGCUGAUUCACAGCUCCUCCCCCUUGAUGCCAACCAGUAUGCAAUCUCACUGAGAACGUACGCACAGAUCAUUGCUGAGAUGGGACAGAAGCACCUGGAAGAAAUGAAGGCAUUUGGGGUGUCAUUUGAUCCUCUGUUUUCAGCAGUGGAUAACUUCACAACGGCUGCUUGGGACUUCCAUGAGCGCCUGCAAAACCUUGACAGAACUGACUUGAUGCAGGUUCGUAUCAUGAACGAUCAGCUCAUGUACCUAGAGAGAGCUUUUAUAGACCCUCUGGGUUUACCGGGGAGACCCUUCUACAGACAUGUGAUAUUUGCUCCAAGCAGCCAUAACAAAUACGCCGGGGUGUCAUUUCCUGGUAUCUAUGAUUCGCUGUUCAACAUUGAGCACUUGGAGAAUCCUCAGCAGGCCUGGCAGGAGGUUAAACGACAAAUCAGCAUUGCAGCGUUCACUGUCCAUGCCGCUGCCAUGACUCUUACACCACCUGCAUGAAGCUCACACCUCCAGACAUUUUAGGAGGAAUGGAUACAGCACAAGCCUGCACUGCUGCUAAUUUUGCCCAGUGGCCAACACCAGUACUGCAUUAUAAAAGGAGAAGAACUAAUUUAUUUAUCUUUGUAUUAUGAAUAUUUUACCCUUUUUUUGUUCCUCUAAACCGCCCCC